AUGGAGUGUUGUUUAUCAGAAGAAGCAAAAGAGCAGAAACGCAUCAAUCAGGAAAUUGAACGACAGCUACGGCGCGAUAAGAGGGAUGCUAGGCGUGAAUUGAAACUUUUAUUGCUCGGUACUGGCGAGUCCGGCAAGUCAACUUUCAUCAAACAGAUGCGUAUCAUCCACGGAAGUGGUUAUUCAGAUGAAGAUAAACGUGGCUUUAUCAAAUUGGUGUACCAAAAUAUUUUUAUGGCAAUGCAAUCGAUGAUUCGUGCAAUGGAUUUACUAAAAAUUCAGUAUAGUGAUUCAAGAAAUUCGGAAAAUGCCGAGCUAAUACGUAGCGUUGACUUUGAAACAGUAACAACCUUUGAACCACCGUAUGUGAAUGCAAUCAAAGAACUUUGGGCUGAUGCUGGCAUUCAAGAAUGUUAUGAUAGACGAAGAGAGUAUCAAUUAACAGAUUCAGCAAAAUACUAUUUAAUGGAGAUUGAUCGAGUCGCGGCCACAGAUUAUCUGCCAACAGAGCAAGAUAUUUUGCGUGUACGUGUGCCGACAACGGGUAUCAUCGAAUAUCCAUUUGAUUUGGAAGAGAUUCGGUUUAGAAUGGUUGAUGUAGGAGGACAGAGAUCUGAACGAAGGAAAUGGAUUCAUUGUUUUGAAAAUGUGACAUCAAUUAUUUUCUUAGUCGCAUUAUCUGAAUACGAUCAAAUUUUGUUCGAGUCCGAGAAUGAAAAUCGUAUGGAAGAAUCAAAAGCUUUAUUCAAAACGAUCAUCACCUAUCCAUGGUUCCAGCAUUCAUCUGUUAUUCUUUUCUUAAACAAAAAGGAUUUGCUGGAGGAAAAAAUUAUGUAUUCACAUUUGGUUGAUUAUUUUCCUGAAUAUGAUGGACCACAGAGAGAUGCCAUAGCAGCUAGAGAAUUUAUCUUACGAAUGUUUGUAGAUUUGAAUCCUGAUUCAGAAAAAAUUAUUUAUUCACAUUUUACAUGCGCUACAGAUACGGAAAAUAUUAGAUUCGUAUUUGCAGCGGUAAAGGAUACAAUCUUGCAGUCAAACUUAAAGGAAUAUAAUUUAGUUUGA